GGCCAGGGGCACAAGUGGCGUCCUCCGCGCACUAAAUCUACCAUCUUGUUUCGUGUACAACCGUUUAGUGAAUUGUGUAAAAGUGCAGGCGUAAGAAGAGCCAACGUAUAACAAGUACACAGUGCUGUGUAGUUUUGAAAGUAUGUUCAAGUCUUGUAUUAUAUGAAGGGAGUGCCGUGUCGUCCGUUGCCAUUGUCCGUGUGUCCGUUUAUCGGUGCGUUCUGUGCGUAUAUGAUCGGCGCCGCAAGGGACAAAAUCACGAUAAAGAUACACAACACGAUGAAAAGAAGCAGUGAUAGGGACACGCCGCCGAGGAGUAAACGGUCACGGUCGAGUAUGGGUCGUUACGACGACAGCUCGGACGAGAGGAUCACCCCGGAUCGGAUCCGGAGACGCGAGAGCCGCGCCCGUUCGCCCAGUCCGCGGGCAGCGCGCUACGUCUCGCCCCAUCGCGACGAUUACAUGCGGGCACCCGAACGUUCUUAUCCGUAUAAAGUGUUGUGCGUGAGUGCGUUACACGCCAAAGCCAGUGACGAGGUCAUAAAGGACACGUUAUACCGCGAGUACAAGAAGUACGGUGACCUCAGCAUCCGGAUCACGCACGAUAUGGACGAACGCGUGGCCUACGUGUGUUUCCGGAAUCCGGAGGACGCGCGUGACGCCAAACACGGCAAACCGCGUAUCAUCAUCUACGACAAAGUGGCCAUUGUCGAAGCGGUGUACGAAGUGCCGCGUUCCACCGAUGUGUAUCGUAGUCGACCACGCUCGAUCAGUCCGGAAUACGACCGUCAUUUUUACGCCCGCUCACCGGACCGAUUGCGUGCCGUGGACAGGUACGACAGGGCGUACGGUCCGCCGCCCGGCGUUCCCGUGCAUCGGGAGUACAGGCGAGAAGCGAUGGCGGCACCGCACCACGAGUACCUCGCCAGGGCGCCGAUGCACGGGCCGCCACACAUGCCGCCCGGUUACGGUCCGCCGCGGCAGCACGUACCCCGACCUCCGUUCGAGAAAACGGAAAACAAAAAAGACAAAUUUCCAAAUUACCUUCACCACAUUCAGCCAGAGGACGACCCUCUGGCCACAAGGACUUUGUUCGCGGGUAAUUUGGAAAUUAACAUUACUGAAGAGGAGCUGAGGAGGAUAUUCGGGAGAUACGGUGUAGUGGAGGAUAUUGAUAUUAAAAGGCCCCCGCCUGGAACCGGUAAUGCUUUUGCGUUCGUUCGAUUUCACACUCUGGACAUGGCACAUAGAGCAAAAGUUGAGCUGUCUGGCCAGUAUAUUGGCAAAUUUCAGUGUAAAAUUGGUUAUGGCAAAGCUACACCCACCACAAGGAUAUGGGUUGGGGGCUUAGGUCCGUGGACCUCAGUCACCCAACUGGAAAGGGAAUUUGACAGAUUUGGUGCUAUUAAAAAGAUCGAUUAUGUUAAAGGAGAAAAUCACGCAUACAUUCUCUAUGACAGCAUAGAUGCAGCUCAGGCAGCUGUAAAAGAAAUGAGAGGUUUCUCGUUGGCGCCCGACCGUAGACUGAGGACGGAUUUCGCAGAUGUCACUCCUGGUGUGAGUUACAGGCCUAAACCAGCAUAUCAUGGCGUCGAUUCUGAAAUAGAAUACCGAAGAGAUUAUGAAUAUGAAUAUGAAGACAGUUAUAGGUAUAGAGGAAGGGCCGCUUACACGGAAAGGAGAGCAGGAAGUAGAGACCCUUACAGGUAUCCCGAAGGAGUAAGAGAAGACGAAUGGGGGCGGCGAGAUGGUGAUUAUGAUAGAAGACGUUCUGGUUCUAGAGGUUUGGAUAGGUCAAGGUCCAGAUCGCCAAGGCGAUCCCCUGAUUCUGAUUCUGAUAGUGGUUCUAGGCGAGCUGGACUAUUGGCCUCAAGUAGAACAUUACCAGAGGUAGCUAGAAAGUGCACUACUGUAUGGCAAGGGGCUUUAAUUCUGAAAAACUCUCUUUUCCCAGCGAAGUUUCAUUUGAUAGAUGGCGAUACAGAUAUUGUGGAAGGACUAAUGAAAGAUGAAGAUGGUAAACACCAGCUUAGAAUAACCCAAAGGCUUAGGUUGGAUCAGCCUAAGUUGGAAGAUGUACAGAAACGGAUUUCUAGCGCUAGUUCACAUGCAAUAUUUUUGGGGUUGGCUGGAUCCACUGCUUCAGUCACUAACGAAGAUGCCACUGUCCAAACACGGCCACUGAGGAAUUUAGUAUCCUAUUUAAAACAAAAAGAGGCAGCGGGUGUUAUAUCUCUGUUAAACAAAGAAACAGAAGCAACAGGAGUUCUAUAUUCUUUUCCACCCUGCCCCUUCUCAACAGAAUUACUCAAACGUACUUGCCCUAACCUUUCCGAUGAGGCGAUAAAGGAAGAUCAUCUAAUCAUUGUUGUGGUACGUGGUGGUACAGCAUAAUUUCUUUUUUUCUAAAUACUUCAAAUUCUUUUACACAAUAUGUAAUUUAUUUUAUAUCAUAUAUCAUGUGCAGGUAUAGUCAUUACUUGUAAUUGUUAAAAUCAUUUAUUUUAAUUUUUAAUGUGCUAAGGAUUUAUUAUUAGCAUUAUUUUCUUUAUAUUGAUGACUAUGCUUUAUAUAUGUACACCAUUUUUAUUAAUUUUGUUACAUGCAACCAACAAACAUUUUACACACUUUAUACAUACAUUUAGAUUUCAAAGGUGAACAAACUCUUAAAUUAUAUUGAUUACUCUAACGAAGUUUUUUUUCAGGCAGUAGGGGAAUGUCGUAAUUGUUAUUAAGUAACAUGGUGUUUCUGAAGACCAUUGUAUGUAACAUUGUGAAGUGGAUUAGUUUUAGUGGUUGCAGUUCUUUCUCAUUGAUAUGUUAUAUGAUUUUAGUGUACUAUUAAAUGAAAAAACUGCAAGGAUUUAUCUAACAUGUGAAAGAACUGUAUUGUACUUUGUUCUAAAAACUACAGUGUAAAUGUAGUGUUAUUGUGUAGAUUUAUGAAAAACUAUUUGAUUUCUCAAAUUAAAUUAAUAUUGUGAUGUAGUGUUAAGACAGUUAUUCGGUGAAAUAUUAAUUUGACAUGUAUUUUAAAAUCAACUGACAAUGUUUUUAUAGUGCUUGUGAAAUAGAUAAGUUCUUUCAGCUA